AUGUUGGAAGCAACGACGUCUCAGGAUUUAUGGAUAUGGCACGCCUUUUUUGGUCCUUCGGGUGCUCUAAACGACAUCAAUGUGCUGCAACAAUCUUCCUUGUUCCUCCCCGAGCGUAUGGGCACUGCUCCUUAUGUUCCAUUUAGUGUAAAUGGGCGUACUUAUAGACGUGGCUACUAUCUAGUCGAUGGCAUAUAUCUUACAUGGUCUACGUUUGUUAAAGCGUACAAAUACCUGACAGACGAGAAAGAAAAAAUGUUCAAAACGGCACAAGAGGCGGCUCGCAAAGAUAUUGAACGGGUAUUUGGUGUUCUCAAAGGAAAAUGGCAUAUCAUUGAUCGACCUUUUCGACAACGGUCACUAGGAACAAUUAGGAACUUGGUGUAUGCGUGUGUGAUUCUGCAUAACAUGAUUAUUCAGGAUAGUGGUCGUGCGAUUUGCCCAGUUCAUAUAGGAGAUCCAGUUGUCCGCCCAAGUAGUCAUCGGGACGCCUUACCGGAGAUACAGGACGAGGAGACACAUUUCCGUCCCCGGUAUGAUCUGAUAGAGCAUCUAGCGGGUCUAAACUUACCACACCUCCAGCCGAACGAUGAUGAGGAGUAG